ACCGGAAGCGUGCUGUCUGCUGAAAUAAGGAAGAGAAGAGAACGAGGCAACUGAACAGUGGAGGGAGAGUGUAACCGUCUUUUUUUUGCACAACUUUGCUCCAAAUUCUUAGCAAUUUGCUUAUUCAUCUUCAAUAGACAACUGGAACCAUCACCCAUACAUUUUGCUUAAAAGGAAAAUACUACUUGUAUUCAUCUUGUUGGAACUGCCUUUCGAACCUAUAGCAUUUAUUUUAGCCGCUAGCUAGCUAACGACGCUGUCUCACUGUGUACAUUGACACAUCGAGGUGAAAACUUUGAUUUACAGUUUUUAGGCUAGUCUAAUUGAUUCAUUCGGCAUAGUUAUCAAUCGAACUACUUGACGUUUUUAUGCACAUUACAUUUGUCUGCCGGUAAGAAUUAAUUUAUACUAUAAGCUGACUCCCUACAGUGUUGAGUAACGUUAGAUUGAAAGAAACAAAGCUCUGUUCUAAUUUCCAUUUUGGACUCGUUGGCGGGGCGUUGCUGUGUCUGUUCGGGAAAACAUCGCAUCGGGAACGACGUUUGCCAGCUUGCAACCAAUCGAACUGGAACGACUAACGUUAGCAUCCUACACGAGCUAGUUUUUAGAAACGCGUUUUCAAUCUUUGCAAGUUAGCUAUCGAAUUAAAUCAACUGAAGAAAAUGGCCAAUAGCAUCGAGGCAGUGAAGCGAAAAAUUAAAGUUUUGCAGCAACAGGCGGAUGAAGCCGAGGAAAGAGCCGAGACUUUGCAAAGACAGGUUGAAGAGGAGAAGCGUUCAAGGGAACAGGCUGAGGCUGAGGUGGCCUCUCUGAACAGGCGUAUCCAGCUGGUUGAGGAGGAGUUGGACAGGGCCCAGGAGAGACUGGCCACCGCUCUGCAGAAACUGGAGGAAGCAGAGAAAGCUGCAGAUGAGAGCGAGAGGGGUAUGAAGGUGAUUGAGAACAGGGCCUCCAAGGAUGAGGAGAAGAUGGAGAUGCAGGAGAUCCAGCUGAAGGAGGCCAAGCACAUCGCUGAGGAGGCCGACCGCAAGUAUGAGGAGGUGGCUCGUAAGCUGGUGAUCAUUGAGGGUGAUCUGGAGCGUACAGAGGAGAGGGCGGAGCUGGCCGAGGGCAAAUGCGCCGAGUUGGAGGAGGAGCUGAAAAAUGUCAGCAAUAACUUAAAGUCCCUGGAAGCCCAAGCUGAGAAGUACUCCCAGAAAGAGGACAAGUAUGAGGAGGAGAUCAAGAUCCUGACUGACAAACUCAAAGAGGCUGAAACCCGUGCUGAGUUUGCUGAGAGAUCAGUGGCCAAACUGGAAAAGACCAUUGAUGACCUGGAAGAUGCGCUAGCCAACGCCAAGGAGGAGAAUGUCAACAUCCACGCCACCCUGGACAAGACCCUGGAGGACCUCAACAGCUUCUGAGUGGCUACUGGCCCCUCCACCACCUCACCUCUGGCCCUCUCUCUGUCUGUGCUGGCUGACUGUGUUUAGCAGGGGGGUGGGGGGAGGCUGUUCAUUGUUUUUGGUGAAGGUAGCACUUCAGUCCACACCUAGCCAAACGUUUCUCCCCAGUAGACCAAAAUGGCUGACCGCCUCUCCCACAUUCCACCCCAGUAUCUGCGGAUGCUCUUCUGAUAAGCAUCCCCCCUUUUUUCUCUAUCUUUUUUUAUAGCCUCUUCAUAGCAUUCUUUUAGUCUUAAAAGGGCAACAUUUACUCAAGCACUCACAUCUUAAGUGUUUCACAGGUUUCUAAUAUUCACAUUCCAGCUCAGGUGUGUGAUUUGUUAUGAUCUUUCUUUGGCUGCUAGCUGUUUAGCCGUAAGCGUUUAAAUGCAUUGAGGCUUUUCUCUCUUCCUGAUAACCCUUUUUACGGUGAUAUUUGGUGUCCACUGGGACACAUGAAGGUGGUGAGGGUAAUAACUAACGUACUUAUGUUUCCCUUUGGAAUGGGACCACCAUUUGAUCAUAAACUCUCCCUCUGUUAUCCCCAUCUGAACCACUUGCCCUAUCAACAUAUCGCCUCAAACCCUUGUCCCCCUCUAACCACUCACCUUCUGCUGGAACAUCCUUACACAAGCACUGCUUUUCUACUGUGCCAAUGCCCAGAGGGUCCACAACUGUGAUACCUUUUUUUUGUCAAGUAUUUUGUGUUAAUUUACAAGUAUGGUCUGGGGGGUGACAUGUUUAUUUCUUAUAAGGGAGAAGUGUUUUGUUUAGUUGCAUGACAUUUGUAUUUUUGUUUUUAUCUGGAGUAAUUUUCCAAGAAGGGCCAUUGUCACAAGUUACUGUAAACUGAAUGUUUUUUCCCCAGUUAACUUCCCCCUUCAAGAUCAGGAAAUCUGAAUGAGUUGUAGGUCAUUGAAGGGAUAUAAAUGUUGUAUAGCUUCAGACAGAAUUGAAUGCAGAUAUUCUAGCCAAUUGCAGCCUUAGUUCUUUAAACUAAUUGUUAUUUUUCCCGAUAAGAUGUGGGGGAGGGGAGUGAUCAGCCAAUCACUACGCAUUCCAUUGCCAAAAUGGAAGCAUAGGGGCCAAUAAAUAGGGAGAAGGGACACAAGGUUAUUAUCUAAACGUAUCAGUAUAGACUAUUAAACAAUUAUUUUUUUCUGCAAAUGAAGUGAACUGCAAAUCUUAUAAAAUUAUAGAAAUAAAAAGUAAAAUAUUGCAUCAAGUUUAACUGGAAAUGUUCACUCAACGCUAAGGGUGUAAACAGUAAUGUUUUCAUUGUAAUAAUCAUGACACACAAAUGGACACAAUUUAAAGAAAAUAAAGAACCACGAUUUGUAUUGACAUUCCAAAAUAUUUUUUUUCAUUUAUUUUCUUCAGUUUGACACAACUCCAAUAAACUCUAAAUUUAGAAA